ACAAAAUGGAUGCAGCGUUCUAGUGCUUUUGUCACAGUAUAUAUGGUAGGGCAUUAGAAGUACGAGUAACAAGCAGCGUUAAGCAGACUUGUUUGAUCAUUCAUGGAAAAAGAGAAACCAAAUUCAAUACGGACAUAUGAUGAGGACGGGUUUAUUAGGCGAGCGGCUUGUCUCUGCGUGAAAAAUGAAGACGAAAAGGAGGUAUUGCUAGUGACCAGUAGUCGAGUGCCUGGCCAGUGGAUAGUCCCAGGUGGUGGACUAGAACCGGAUGAGGAACCAAGUAUCGCAGCCAUAAGGGAAGUCAUGGAAGAAGCGGGUGUUCGAGGAACUCUGGGAAGGUUUCUAGGAACGUUUGAGAACUCGGAGAGAAAACAUCGGACCUCAGUAUAUGUUUUACUUGUGACUGAAGAACUCGAAGUGUGGGAAGAAUCCCAAAGUAGGGGACGGAAGAGGAGAUGGUUUCCUAUUCAGGAAGCUGUCAAGGUCUUACAGGAACACAAACCUGUACAGUGUAAAUAUCUUAAAUUACUUCUCAAAAAUAAUUCAUUCCCUUGACGACAAGCAGUUGCUUCUAGUUACAAAUCUAAUCAAGAUUUAUCUAAAAUGUUAUUUACUUGCACUUCGUUAUACAUGGUUGCCACCGUACCAGCUUAUUUCUGAUCGUUGUAGAAGCAGAAAAUAUUUGAGAAAUUUGGAAAGGCGUUAUAAUCACACCAAAGAGUGGAAAAACUCUAGCAACUCUAUGGGUACAAGUUAGUGCAAGUUUUGAUGUACUCUAUUUUAUCAAAAUAAAUUUGUAGUAAGAGUUAUUUAGAGCCAUUUUUGAUGCAUAUUGUUUAUUGUACUGUACAUUACGUUGUAGGCGUGUACAUUUUGCAGUUUAAAGUAAUUUCAAAACUGGCAUGGGAAUUGCUCAGCUACAAUUAUAAAACUGGACUGUGUUUUGAUCACCGAUUAGUGUAUAUGUAACUUUCUUGGAAUUUAAAACAGUGGUUUUGGUGUGAUCAUGAAGAUACCUAUAUUAAACAAAUCGAAAUAAAGGUUAAUAGGACCAAUAGCUUUUUGUUUCUCAAGGGAGACAGCAUAUAAAAUUACUGAACUAAUGAUGUUAGCUUUAGAUUAAGAAUACAAAACAGGCGAGUGCGCGGGAAAAUGCUUUAUUUUUAUGCUGUACUUCUUAAAUUACGUACUGAUAAAUUGGUUCGUUGAUAAUUCCAGUCUGUUCAUUAUUAAAUUGCAUAACCUAAACUAUUAUGUUUUCAAAGUUUUGUUGUAAACCAUAAGAAAGCAGAAAUCUUUUUUUUUCGUCUCUUUAUAAAACACUUUUUAUUAAUAAUUCUAAUGAUCUUUGUAUUUUGAUUGUUAAUUACCAUGUUAUUGUUGAUAAUCUUUAUUGUUGUUGUUGUUGUUGCUAUGAGGUUGUGCACCCAAUGAAUUUCAAAUACACGAAUUUCACAAAUACUUUAGUGGAACCUGAAUGAAAUAACGUAUCUGAAUAAAGGUGCAUGGCUUCUGCUAUAAACGUGUGUUCGUUUGUGGAUUUUAAAAGUUAAGAUGCAUUGCAAGAAAUUGUUAUGAAAUUUUGUAAUUAUUGUAUAUGUAUACCUGAAUAUGUAUAUGGUCAAAUUUUUUAAAAGGUUAGAGAAAAUCUGCUACACUUUUUAUUUACUCACCUUCUCUACCUCUAAACAAGAUUAAAUUCUUUUAUAUUAACUCAGUAUAGUAAAAGAAGAAAAAAAUUAAUCAUACUGGUUUUCUCAAAAAUUUUGUUUUUAUUAUUAUUAUUAGAACAUUUUUUUUUAAUUUCCUUGAGAAGUUUACCAGGCUUAAUCAGUUGACAUUAUUUGUGGUUGAAGUCUCUCAGUGCUUUUGUGGAAAUGCUUAUUUUAUCAGUCUUAAUUAGUUAGCAUUAAUAAUAUAUAUAGGCAAACGACGAUUUAUAAGCAUAAUAAAGAAUUUUAUUCUUAUAAAUCGCUGUUUGCCUACCUAUUAUUAUAUUAGCAUAAUGUGUUUCCUUACUCAAGUAGUUGGAAUCAUUUAUGGUUUAAGUCUCUCAGUGUCCGUAUGAAAUUGCUUAAACUAUCAGACUUAAUUAGUUGACAUUAUAUGUGGUUUAAGUCUUUCAGUACUCUUAUGAAAGUGUUUAAACUAUGAGAUUUAAUUAGUGACAUUAUUUGUGGUUUAAGUCUCUCAUUGCUCUUGUGAAAUGCUUAAACUAUCAAACUCAAUAUGCUGACAUUAUUUGUGGUUUAAACCUCUCAGUGCUCUCGUGAAAGUGUUUGUACUAUCAGACUUAAGUAGUUGACAUUAUUUGUGAUUUAAGUUUCUCAGGGCUGUUGUGAAAUUGCUUAAACACGUUUUAUUUAACAAGACAUUCAUUCUGUUUGCUGGGUGCUAAUGACUGUUGUCUAGUUUAAUGCUCAAUAAUAUUAUGAUUUCAGUUGAUAAAAAAGAGAGUCCCGAAUUUUUCAUUUUCUUUUAAGAACUUGGAUAAAAAUGUUAGAAUAUGUAUUUUUAUAACCUGGCGAUUAAAUCUGUUUUAUGGAAAACCAAGAGACAGAAAUUAAGUCCAAGCUAAACGAGAGAGAGUGACUGGGGUAUUUUUUCUAUCAACCGAUUUAUCAAAGAAACGUUUCAUCAUCAAAUGUAAGACCCAAGUGACUUAUUCCGAUAAUUAGUAGAAUGUACACGAUUUGUGUACGUCUUCAAUGGUCUGUGGAUAACUACAGGGGCAGUUGCACAAACUAGUAAGAAAAAUAUUAAUUUGAUGGUUGUUAUAAUUACCCAUAUAACUUGGUAACAAUUUGACUAUAAGUUAUACGUAUUUGGUUGUCAGUAAUGUGGAUAUUGAUCCUAAUGUGCCAUGUGACAAUUGAUGAGACUACAGCGAUGCUUUUAUUCAGUGGCUCCAAAUGUUUUCUCUUUGCUAGCUCAUGCCGUAUCUUACUGGAAAUAAAAGUCUUUUGUUGUACAUUC